CGAACGGAUCGGGCGCGUCUCCAGAGUUUCUGUCAAUCGGCUGUCAAAAGCCAAUGACAUAAAUUAGCGGGAAUUCAAUUAAGCACUAGUCAACUUUGGGAACCCAAUUCAAAACUAAAAACUUUUAUAGACUUUAAUGAACUUUUGGUGUGCGGUGUUUUGUUAGUGUUAUAUUUGAGUACCAAUCUGGGGAUUAGCUUAAUAGGAUGUGCGUGUGUGAGUGCCGAACUAUAGCUAAAGUGCUUAAAGUGUGGGAUUAAAGUGAGUGCUAUAUGAGACGUUUAGAGUGUAUCACAUAACAUUGGAAUGGAGCCCUUGUCAAGAGGGGGCCGCGUUUUUGUGGCCUUCUUCGCGACCGUGUUUUGGGGAAUUGGUGUCCGAGGCCUCCACAACCUAGAUAUAAACGUGCCAAAUGCAGUACUCGUUGGUGAAACGGUGACACUUGAAUGUACCUGGCAAUUAGAAGAUGAAGAGGCCCUGUACAGUGUCAAAUGGUAUCGAGGCAGAGAAGAAUUCUAUAGAUAUAUACCCAAAGAGCUUCCACACACAAGAGUAUUUCCAUUACCGGGUAUCGAAGUUGAUAUAUCCCGAUCUGGUGCCCGACGCGUUGUGCUCCAAGAGGCGACGCCGGCAAUGGCCGGCCGUUUCCGCUGCGAGGUAUCCGCCGACGCACCCACCUUCCACACGGAAAUACGAUCCGCACCACUGGAAGUUGUUGAGACCCCAGAAUGGGGUCCCAAACUGGUGUCGGACCGGUCGUGGUACGGCGUGGGAUCAACGUUGCGUGCCACCUGUGCGUCACCACCAGCGCAUCCACCCGCUAACUUGACGUUCGCACUGAAUGGGCGAGAGAUCGACAUGGAAUUCUUCGUCCACGAACUACCAGAAUGGUUCAAAUGGGACCCACCGACAAAGGCUGAGACAACAACAACUCAACUCCCAGACGAAGAUUUUAACAUAAACGACGAGAACGUACAAUAUUUAGAUGAAUCGUACAUAAACUUACAUAAAGAGGAAAUUCGAAGGCCUCCCAAGGAGACCAAGUUUGAUAGGUCAGGCCCGGAUAACAGAAUGCCGUCUGUUGGGGAAGUUUUGUUCGUCGUUCGACAUGCAGCCUUCGAAGGUGGCAGCCUUCGACUGACGUGUAUAGCGAGUAUAUACAACCUGUAUGCGGCGAGGGCGGAACUCAUCUUCGAUAUGGAACAGCCAGAAGUUGCGUCUGUGUUGGGCGUUCGGAAUAAUGCUAUAGAGUCAUCAAUCUCGACCAUUGUUCUCUUAUCGAUACUGAUUUUGCUAUACAACACUCGGUAGUUAGGUAAGGUUCUUUAAUCUUCAUGUAAAAUUAUACAUAUCUAACGUGGAGAUCAUUUAAAUUAGAAAUAGUACCAAAUGGCCAAAUUAUAAACUUUUCGAUUUUUAUUUGGAUAUAACGUCAAAUGUUUUUUGUUAUACAUAUCUCAAUUAAGGACUUAAAGCGCUUUAACAAGAAUUAUAAUUGAUGUUUUUAUGAAAUAAAAAAAGAGAAAAAUGUGAAAUUAAUAGCAAUCAACCAAUCACAUUGCUCCGUUUUCCCGUUUGCCCAAUCACAAUCAAACGAAACGCGCUUUUGUUUUACAUUUAUCCUUCAAUUUUGUUCACAAGUUAACAUAGUCGAUAAAACUUAUUGGUCUUUAGUAAUUCCAAUAACAUCAUCUUUAUCUAAUAAUGAUUAUGAAAUAUUAAAUAAUGGCCUUUUAGUGGUGUUUCCAAAGAGUAAUUUCAAAUAUAAUAUUCUCUAAUUUUGUUUCGAAAGACUAGGAAUUGUGCGAGACGUAGGAUUAUCAAAGUGUUAUCUAAAAAAAAUUAAAGAAUUAACAAGUUUUAAGUUGAACCGAGGCGACGUUCAACGCUUGGAGGCUGUAUUUCAUUGUAAUUUGUUUAAAAUAAUUUUUAUUGAUUAUUUUUUAGAGAGUAUCUUGCUGAUUUCACUGCUGAUACACCAUGUCUCGAUUCUAAUUCCAACCCACUAUUUAGGCCUAGAUUAAGUAGAUCCAAUAUAUCUUAUAAUAAUUUACUGACUAACCAUACAAUUAAUUAUAAAAUAUCUAUUUAAAUAUCGGUUAGAAAAGUAAUAUUAAAGACUGACUUUUAGUAUUAAUUUUGAGGUUAUGUUUAGAUGUUGACUUAGAUAUUUGUUUAUUAAUUAUGUAGAAUAUUUUAAUGUACAUCGGAAUAUGUAUAUGAAUGUAAAUAAACAAAUGCUAGUAUAUGCUUAAACCAAAAUAUUAUAUAGAAUUUAAAUUAGUAAUAUGGUUCGCGAUUUAAUUUUUCCAUAGAGAUAUGCGUACUGCCAAUGUAUAAUUUGUAUGAAAAGUUCAUUUAAAGUAUUCAAAUCAAAAGGCGGAGGUAAUCCUAUCUUGAAAUACCUACUAGUGUCUACUAUUGUUUUUAAACCUUGCAAGAGAAUUUCUGUAUUAUUGUUAUUUUUAUUUAAUGCCAGAGGGAUCGCAAAGGCGUUGCCUGCCUUGAGAAGUUUUACACACUAAGACGAAUUGGUUUGCAAAUUGUUCAGUGGGCAGCUGGUUCCACAUAAUGAUGGUGUGCGUCAAAGCUGUGGAACGACGGACGACCGGGUAAUACGAGUGGAAUUUCGUAUCCUCGACGUGCGAUGAUGAAACACAGCUGCAUAUAUUAAUCUGAACAACUCCUCUGAACGCUUUCAAUGCGGUAUAAGAUGCAGAUAUAACCCACAUCGCUACGCAACGCCAACUGAUCAAGCCUAUCGGAAAGUUAUUAGUCGUCGACGAUUGUCAUUCACAAACUUUCUACUUUUUCCUUAUUAAUAUAAGUUUCUGACAACACGAACGUAGAUUUAUAUACAUACAAAAAUGUAUUUAAAUCUUUAAACUAUCCGAUAUUAUUGUUUGUGCCAUAGUAACUGUAGACAUAAAGAAGGUAUACUGCCCUGUCAUGGGUCAAUUACGUUUUGUCAUACAAAUUUGUUUCUUAAAACGGAUUACGCCCGCGGAAAUCCACUUUGCUAAAUAAAAUUCUUUAUCCGCGGACUUUGGGAAAGGCGA